AUGCGAUCCCACUCGACGUCGUCAUGCACACCGACGAUUGCUGCUUCACUGUUUGCGUCUGUAAACUCGAAGAUACGGGAGAUCGAGGACGCCGACUCGAGCGGAUUCCUGCGUUAUGUGGAUGGCCAGGUGCAGGAGACCUGGGAUACGGCCAAGGCAGCUGUUGUGGGUGCGCAACGACUGCUCCAGUUCCAUGAACUGCCAAAAGAAUGGCAAGAAAAUGAAUAUGUUUUGUCUGGCUAUCGAUUCUGCGAAAGCACACAUCAAUGCUUGAAAUCCAUCUUUAGACUUCAUAAUGAAACCUUGAAUAUCUGGAGCCAUCUACUAGGAUUCAUCUUUUUUUCCUUCUUGAGCGUCUUUUCAUUCAACCGGCAUUUCCCCGAGGCCAGCAUGAAUGAUCGCAUCAUCUUCAUGACGUUCUGUGUAUCUGCAUUAAAAUGUUUAUUUUGUUCUUCUGUUUAUCAUACUUUUAUCUGUCACUCACGCCACCAAGUCAAGGCAUUCACAGCCACACUGGAUUAUAUCGGCAUUUCCAUUCUCAUCACUGCAUCCGUCCUUGUCACCGAGUACUAUGGCUUCUAUUGCCAAACCAUCCCCAGAUUCCGCUACAUGAUUUUUACCACCGUCGUCGGCAGCUCAGGUGUCGUCAUGCCCUUCUUCAAGCGAUGGGAUACUAAAGCAUGGCGUCCCUUGCGCAUCAGCGUGUUCCUAUCCAUGGCAUUCUCCAGCAUCGUGCCCGUGUUACACCUUAUCUCUAUCAACGGCGUCAUGCAAUCGUUCUCAUUCUUCCAUUUGGCGGCCGUCAGUGUCUCCAUGUAUCUGCUAGGUGUUGUUAUUUACGUCAAGCGAUGGCCUGAAAAGCAGUUUCCCGGCAAAUUUGACUUUGCAGGAAUGACAAGCCAUGCGAUCUGGCAUGUGUUCGUGUGCCUUGGAAUUUAUUUCCACUAUCUUGCAUCACUGCAUUUCUAUGCCCAACGGUUUGCUUACGGUUGCAUGGCUGCAUGA